CUGGCAACCCCGCCUGCCGGUCUGUUCAGUCGUUACUGAGGGGAAGAUGGUGGACCUGGCGACAACAGCGUGCUCAAAACUCCGUCCCAAACACUUUGAAAAAUACUUACUAUCUCAACCUGGUAUUAGAUAUAGAUUACCUGGAGACAAUCAUAGAUAAUACAUUGUGAAAACUGUUGAGGCUAGUGACUUUUUUCGCCACCGGACAAAAUUUAUUCCAAGAUUUGAAGAAGGCGGAGAGUUGCAGAGCGCGGCGGUGGUUGUUGCUGUUUGUAGAGGACGCUAACCAGCGUUAGCCAAAGUGUCAACAAAAGUGUGAAAGAGGCUGGAAUUUGGGGAGCUUUUUACGUAGCUGUCCAGAUAAACCACGGAGAGCAUCCAGUCGUCUGCUGCUGCUGCCUUCAGCUGUCAGUGUGUGAGGAGCUGACAGUUGGACUGAGAGCGGGCUAACUUUAGCUAGCUUACCUACAGCUAGCUUUGUUGUGAACUAGCUGAUCAAAGCGCUGCUCGCGAUGCCGCGGAGUAAAAAGGGGAAACGUGGCUCUAGUAAGCCGGGCUCUCUUCGUCAGGAGGUUCUUCAGCUGCAGCUGUCGGCUAAAGGCUCGCUGAAAGGUAUUAAAAAUGGGGUGAAGGGAGAGUCGGGUGCCAGUGACGAUGAGCUGAUGUCUGAUAUUCUCAGCCACUACAGCAGUGCCAGUGAAGGCACCUCUGUGCUGGACGAGGGCACAGGAGGUGAGCAGGUGGAUGAGCAGACUGCCCAGGAGGAAACAGAAGACAAACUCAAACAAUGCAUAGACAACCUGAUGGAUAAGAGUGCGAAGACUCGUCUCGCAGCCCUUGAGUCGUUGCGACAGGCCUUCUCCUCCAGAGUGCUCUAUGACUUCCUGAUAGAGAGACGCCUCACUGUCAGUGACUGCCUGGAAAGGAGCCUUAAAAAAGGCGGCGGGGAAGAGCAGGCAGCAGCGGCCACAGUCUUCGCCCUGCUCUGUAUCCAGCUGGGGGGCGGAGACGAGGCAGAGGAGGGCUUCAAAAUGCUUCGCCCCAUCCUCACCACCAUCCUGAUUGACAACACUGCCAGCAUAGCAGCCCGCCAGAGUUGUGCCAGAGCUUUGGGGAUGUGCUGUUACGUCUCUUCUGCGGAAGACGGAGAGGACUUGAUCAAGUCUCUGGCCCUCCUGGAGAGCGCGUUUAUGACCUCCUACCCCAACAGAGAGGGAACGCUGCCCACACCCAAACCUGGCAGCGCAGGCCUCCACACUGCCGCCCUGCAGGCCUGGUCGCUGCUGGUCACCAUCUGUCCUGCAUCUAAACUAACUGUGCUGCUUGACCUUCACCUCCCCAAACUGCAGGCGUGUCUGCAAAGCAGUGACGUCAACUACAGGAUUGCAGUGGGAGAGACCAUCGCCCUGCUGGUGGAGCUGGGACGAGAUAUAGACGAGGAGUUUGAUGUGGAGGACAGUGAAAGUCUGUGUGAAUGUCUGAAGAGUUUAGCCACAGACAGCAACAAACACCGAGCCAAGAAUGACAGGAGGAAACAACGCUCUAUCUUCAGAGAGGUGCUACAUUACAUAGAGAAUGAGGACUUCACAGACGAGAAGAUCAGGUUCGGAGUGGAGCGCAUUUACAUCGACAGCUGGAUGAGGAGAAGAAUCUACGAUGCGUUCAAAGAGAUCCUGGAGUCUGGAGUCAGACACCAUCUACAGUUCAACCCUCUACUGAGAGACAUCUUUGGCCUCGGCCCUCCACUCAUCCUGGACACUUCUGUCAAAAGCAACAAGAUCUCACGAUUUGAGAAGCAUCUUUUCAACUCAGCUGCCUUCAAGGCCAGGACUAAACAGAGGAACAAGGUCAGGGACAAACGGGCUGACGUCAUGUGAGAGAAGGAAAAGGAGGAAGAGGAGGAGGAGGAGGAGGAGGAGACUGGGAUGGACUGAAUGGACGAGUGAACGAGGGAUUCCUUGAGCCGUAUUGAGAUGGAGACAAAACGAUGCCUUCAACUCUUCAGCUGUCACACACACAAAGACUCAAAAAAAAAUUUUUAACAGGGCUUUUUCACUUGUGCUCUUCACCUGCAAAUUAAUUCAAAUUAAUUAAGACAUUUAUUCUUGGCUCUCACAGGAAAAGUAAGUUUUUACCACCUAUUUAUGCAGAGGAACAUUUUUUCUGUUCCUAGCAAGCAUCUGCUGUCGCUCAUUUUUGACACAAAAUUUAGUGAAUUGCAACAAUCCGCUGUGUUGAGUGUUGUUGACAGUAUUUCCCAAAUACCAGGUGGAUUAUUAACAACGCUAGACUUCUUUUACGUGGGAUCGAAACUACUUCAUUACACAGUAGAGAAGAAAUGCGAUCUUCUGGAGUAAGAAACCAGAAAGGUCUUUUAUCAAUUUUAUCAAUAAAAAUACAAAGUAAAGUAUUAAGUUUCACUGUAAGAAUCAAACAUUUUGUAGCUUUAUGGUACAUUUCAGAUCUGUGGAAGCCCUCCAUGUUAGCGUUACUGAAUUGGUGCUGAUGAGUAUCGUAAUGAUUCCUCAUUAUUCCCUGAGUCGUCCUCUGUCUUUUACACGCAGAGAGGCUUCUCCAGCUGCCAAAACCAGAAAAACUGACUUUACAAACAAUGCAACCUAAAUGAAAAUGUGUGUGGUGUUUGCGUGAGAAGUGUGUUUUAUUUUUUAUUUUUAUUUAACAUCAUGGAAUAAAACACUUAACAUAUAAACAAGAAGAUGCCUAAUUAAAAGAAAUGAAAUGUCAUCUUUCGUAUUGAUAUUUUUUGAGAGGAAAAAUACAUUUUAACCAAUUCUGGUUUGUAAUUUAUUAAAAGAGCAGUACUGUGUGAUUUUUAAGAAACUUAAAAAUGCUAAGGACUGUUUACAGAUACAAUUAUGGGAUGAAGAUGACAAAAAAGAAUUUCUGUGGGUUUUUUUCAUGUAUAUUUUUAAUGCAGGUUGGUGGGUCACAAUCUUAUCCAUGCGUAUGUAUUGCAGAUAUACUGUACAAAGGGAUUUAUGGUAAGAUGUGUACUCGAAUCAUUAGAUGCAUUUGAAUGAUUUUCCCUCUGACGAGCAGUAAAUACAUACAGGCCACUAACCAGAGCUGCUGAUCAGAAGUUUGGUCGACAAAGUUAGCGUCUAAAACACAGUGUGCUUUUGAUUGUGGCAGCACUACCAUUAUUUUAAUUUUUAGUGUUUUGAUUAUUAAAAAAAGCACACCACUGGGCUGCCUGGAAGUUUCAGUUUCUCAUCUACCGCCUGACCAAACUCUCUGAUCAGCAGUUCUGGUGUUCUGGCACAUGGACAGAAGAUGGAUCAAAUGAAAUAAAGAGUAUUUGAGCAUUCA